AUGAGAUCAGCUGGUAAGAACGCACCUCGGCACGACUUGCGAGCGGUCCGAGCCAUCGCUAAUACGACCAUACCCAACGUCCUCCUCCCUAGUGGUGUGUUUCGAUGCAAGCAGUACAUAGCUUUCCAAGAACGUGAUUCGGACAAUCGACUACACCAACCUGUUAAGAUAGAUUGGAUUUGGCCGAAACGUGUCACACCAGAACGGGAUCAGAGUAGUCAUGUCCUCAAGGACUGCCCCACUAAGGAGGAGCUACAGCGAAAUACGGUCAUAUUAUACGUCCAUGGUGGUGGCUUCUGUUUAUGUAGUACUGGCACACAUCGCCAUCUUCUCUACACUCUUGCCUUGAAGACUGAGAACUGCAUCUUGUGCUGUGUUAACUAUCGACAGCCGCCCGAGAGUACACUCAUAGAAUCAACCUCGGAUGUAGAGUGCAUGUAUCGUUAUUUGAUAUCGAAUAUGGGAGUUUCGCCUGAGCGCAUCGCCAUAGCUGGCGACUCGGCCGGUGGCGAUAUGGUCGUACUUGCACUAGUCCAACUCAGGGAUAAACGGAUUCCUCUCCCAGGGUGUGCCUGUCUGCUAUCUCCUUGGGUUGAUUUGACUGAUAAAGUUGACUACUUCGAACAGACUCCCCAGCAAACCCCCAGGAAACUUCCUGGAUCAGAGAGCGUAACUAGCAGAGGUCGACGGAAGUCUAGUGGUGGACGACGACGACGUUCGAGCAAUGAGGGUGUAUCUUCAUACGCCUGCGUUGAUUACAUCCCAGCAGACCUGGUGGUUGAAUUCGCGCAACUUGCAAUUGGUGACAUCUCUGCAGACGAUCCACGCAUCUCGGCCAUGUAUGCUGAUCUCAGGGGUUUGCCUCACAUGCUGAUACAUGCAGGGCAAGCUGAGCUCCUCCUCCCCCAAAUAGAACGCUUUGCAGCUAAGUUUUCAGCUCAGAAGUCGGAGAGCGUCGAACUUCAAUACCGCGAGUUUGAGGAUAUGGUUCAUGUGUUCCAGCUGUUCAGCUUCUGCUGUGGGCCAGAUGAGGCUCCCAAUCGCUCGUUGUCGGAUAUUGCCGAUUUUGUGAGUGCCUAUGGGUAG